UUUUUUUUAGUUUCAGAUAUGAACACAAAAUUUUUUUUUUGCUAGUAAAACAAACAAGAGUUAAACGUAACAAUGAUAUAAAUACGCGAUCGAAGACUCCUUGAAACAAUAUUGAAGAUUCGAAUUAAUCUCCGCUAGAUGAGAAUCAAAUUUUGUUGGAAAUAUGAUGAUAAAGGACUGAUGAAGUAUUCGCAUGUUAAAGAACUAAACAACCUACAGAAACUCGACAAAAUAUAGAAGAGAUUUCCUAAAUUUUUCCUACAACACUUGAAGAUUUUAAAAAGGCUUUGUCGUUCGUAUUUACUUAUACUCACAUUUCUGAAGCAUCUUUUUUCUUUAUACAAAAUAUACUUAUAUUGCCCUCUUUUUCAGUAAAUUCUCAGGAAUUUCCUAAAUCUACGAGAAUGAUCUUUGUAAACGUGUACACCGUCGUUCCCCAAGUGAUAACGUUGUCGUUCGUUUUGCUUUUUUCUUUUUAUUAAAUAAAAGAACAUUAAACAAAAAUUUAUAUCUGUCUAUAUACCGCGCCGAUAAAGCGCAAUAAAGAUUAUCAAAUCGAUAUAGAGAGAAAGAGUAUGAUGAUUUUAACGUGGCAACUAAUAAUGAUCUAUCUUGUACAAAAUUAAUACGAUAUAAUUGCAGUAAAUAAGUCUGACGCAAAGCUUAUCAACAAUUGUUUAAAAACAUGAAAAUAUCGAUUGAAUUAUUAUAACGAUGAUUAAUAUUCAUAAGAACAUAAUAUAAGAAAACACAAACGAACGACGACGAUAUUCAAACUCAGUACGAGGAAGCUUCUAUCUCUAUUAUAUUCUCUACCAUUUCUUUACAGCCUAUCGUUACCGGAACUCUUUUCAAUUAAGAUGUAUGUUCGUACUUUUAAGCACUAUGUAUAGCACCUUUGCUACCUUUUUUCGUGUGUUGCGCUGUAAAAUCCGUACAUACCAACACACUCUCUCAACAGUUUUGAGACAUAUACUAAUGUACUUAAACCAUCUGUGAGUCUGCCUCGUCUUUUAUAAAAUUCUUGCUAUAUUCAACUGUAUUUUUGUUCUUUAAUCUCCUUUGUCAUAAGUAUUACGUUGUCUUAUAAAAAAUUUAAUUCAAGAUACGUCAGGUUUGAUACUCGUAUAUUUAUUUCGAUUAAUUUCUAAAAAACAAACCGUAUCUCCUCUCAAUAUCCGCCAUUAUGGAUACGAAGGGAAUUGAUGGUGGGGCGCGCAUGCGCAGAAUAUCGUAAGUACACGCGAGUAAUCGCUCGUGGCAGUCGUGUCAUAGACUUUGUAGUGUGCGGUGAGUGAUGUUGAGGUUAUAAUAAAUUUCAAUUACAUUCUCAUUAAAGAAAAGUUAUUCUACUUCGUUCGAAGAUUUAUAAUGUUUAUAUUGAAUAUCGAAGAUUCGUAAAACGUAUUAUUUGAAAUCAAAGUAUUUAUUUAUAUUAAAUUAUAUUAAGCGAUAUGUAUUUUAUUUGUCAACGUUUUGUCAACGAAUUAUUCGUAUAUACUUUACUAUAUUUUCCGAAGAACGGAAGAUUGUUCUGAAAAUUUAAUAUUAUAAUUUCAUAUUAUAAAAGGAAUAUCAGUGAUUCAAUCGAAACAUUAUUUAAAUCAUUAAGAACAUAAUACGACAUCAGUGAAUUAUCUUUUAUAAAAAAUUCGAAGAAUCGUUUGUACGCUGGACGAAAUAUAAAAGUUGCAAGAUGUUAACCAAAAAAUUAAGUAAUAGAAGAAUAGUGGUUGACAUUCUUGUUUUAUUUUUUGGUAUUGGUGCAUGGAUCGGUAUAAAUGGUAUUUAUGUGCAAUUACCUCUUUUGAUAAAUAAUGCACCAGAAGGAUGGAAUUUACCAGCCCAUAUGGUAAUGCUGGUACAGUUUGCUAACUUGGGGCCAAUUCUAUAUACGUUAUAUAUUAAGUAUACUGCAUGGGCAUAUGAUAAACUAAUCAUAUAUGGAAUGUUAAUAGCAGCUGUACUAUCUACUUUUAUAUUGGCCUUCCUUUAUAACAAAACAUCAGUAAUAUUUGGAAAUGUGCAUUCAACGAGUCUUCUGUCUCUGAUGUUUGUAACAGCUAUUGUUGGAUGUACGAGUUCUGUUCUUUUCAUGCCUUAUAUGAGGAAUUAUCGUGAAAUUUAUUUGGUGUCCUAUCUUGUAGGAGAAGGUCUUAGUGGUUUUAUACCUAGUAUUGUAGCUUUGAUUCAGGGUGUUGGUGGAAAUCCUGAAUGUAAAAAUGUUACUAAAGCAGGAUCAUCUGAUUUAAAGUUUGAACCUUUCUAUCCAGAUCCCAGUUUUUCUACACAGACAUUUUUUAUUUUCAUCUGCGCGUUAUUAUUUUUGAGUUUCCUCUCUUUUCUUGGCUUAAAUAAAUUGCCAGUGGCUAUUGGCGAAAGAGUUAAACUUCCAUCAAGCAUGGAAACACUGCCAACAGAUACUAAAGCUCCACCAAGUUACAAAACAAAUUCAGGCUGGACCAUGUCCAAACAUACAUAUUAUUAUUUGUUAACUAUGAUGGCACUUGCUUGUUUUCUUGGUCAUGGUACUCUUCCUAGUAUUCAGUCUUAUUCUUGUUUACCUUAUGGAAAUGUAGGUUAUCACUUAACAGUAACGUUAGCUUCAAUGGCUGGUCCAUUAGCAAUGUGUUUAGGUUUUAUUAUAAAGUCUCCAAAAAUCGGUCUUCUUAGUGGACUUAUGGGAUUAGUUAUUAUUCUAUCCUGCUUUGUUUUAUUUUUAGCUGUAAAAUCACCUAAUCCACCCUUACAGCAUACAUGGAUAGGUGAAAUGUUAGUUGUAGUUUCAUGGAUAUUAGUUAAUGGUUUAAUAGGAUUUAUAAAAAUGGGUAUUACCACUUUAUUCAGACCAGACCCAGGUAGAGGUUUAUAUUAUACCGGAGUUGCUACACAAAUUGGUUCUCUGAUAGGUGCAAUAAUAACAUUUGUGUUAGUUAAUCAUGUGAAAAUCUUUCAUUCGUAUUCACCCUGUGAUGCUAUGCAUUAACACUUCUUAAAAUUAUAUAAAUAGCUUUCACGUUUUAUGUGAUAUUUCUACUAGUAGUACUUAAUCAACUAUUACAACUAUUUACAAUAUCUUUCAGAUUUGAAAAAGAAAACAACGAUAAAUGCCUGUCAAGUGCAGCUAGUCGGUUAAGUAAAUAGACAUGAUUCAGAUCAUAUAGUGACAAUUAUUUAAAAUAAAUAAAUAAUAUAUUCAUGUGCAAA